AUGAACGUGUCGUCUGGCAAUGUGACCGUGGUUUUACAGUAUCGGGACUCCUUGGUUAAAGCCGUGGUCAAGAAUGUGAUUGUCGUUGCUCUCAGCAUCUCCAUCAACUACAUCAAUGCGAGCCUCCUCCACAGCUUCCUCAAACACCAGGUUCUCUACACCAAUCCUCGCUACAUCCUCUUUAUCCACCUGGUGAUCAACGACAUGAUCCAGGUGUCACUGACCGUCAUCCUCUUCAUCCUCAGCUACGUCAUCUACAAGCUCCCCGUGCCGGUGUGUUGCGUCUUCAUCCUCGUCGCCCUCUUCACCACGGAGAACACGCCUCUGAACCUGGCCUGCAUGGCGGUGGAGUGCUACAUCGCCGUGUGCUUCCCGCUGCGCCACGUUCAGAUCUGCACCGUCAGGAGGACGCUGCUGCUGAUCGCUCUGAUCUGGGCCACCAGCAUGCUCUCCGUUCUCCCCGAUCUCUUCAUCACUUUGUCCACGCAGCCCAUGGUUUUCUUCCACACGCGAGUGUUUUGUCUGAGAGAAACCGUCUUCCCUCAUCCGCUCAGCAUCGCGAAGAGGGAUAUCUCAUAUUUAGUAUAUCUUGUCAUUGUUUGGUUGACAAUACUUUAUACUUACUUUAAGAUCCUGUUCACUGCGCAAACGGCGAGCAAAGACGCGAAGAAAGCCAAAUACACCAUCAUCCUUCACGGCUUCCAGCUGCUGCUCUGCAUGCUGUCGUAUGCGACUCCAAAGUUCUUAGCGUUACUGCUGCAGUGGUUCCCCAAAAAUUCUACAGACUCCCAGUUUGCCAUCUAUGUCAUCGUACAAAUCCUGCCUCGAUCCAUUAGUCCAAUGAUCUAUGGUAUACGAGACAAAACCUUCAGGAAAUACUUAAAGGGAUAUCUCUUGUGUGCAUCAAGCAAUCAUUCAUAA